GUAUCAGUCUGUUAGCUACGAAGCACUUGAAAAAGAUUCCAAAUUCUGUUUUAUAGCGGUGGACGACAAAGCAAUUUUUUUUUUUUUUUUUUUUUUGCUUGCUUGCACUUCCAGUGCCCAGAAGGCUUCCACAUCUCCCUCUAUUAUCAUCUAGCAUCCCAACCCAAUUUUCUGUGCAUUCCAUCCAUGGCAGUCAAUUUCCCUUUGCUUCAGUCUUCUUCCUCAUUCCAAGCGAAGUUCCAUACCAGCAGACUCAGACCAAGGGGAAUGUGUGGAUUCUGUAGAAUUACAUGCUUAUCUUCUAAUGGGAGAGAGCCCGACUCUGUGGACAAUGGAGUGAAGGGCGUUGAGAAAUUAAUGGAAGAGAAAAAACGUGCCGAGCUGUCAGCUCGAAUUGCUUCAGGAGAAUUCACAGUCAAGCAAUCUGGUUUUCCAUCUCAAAUGAGGAACAGUUUGGCGAAAUUGGGUGUCCCUAGGGAGUUGCUGGAACUAUUAUUUAGUUGGGUUGAGAGUGAUGAAGACUAUCCUAAGAUUCCAACAGCAAAAGGGUCAAUUCGUGCUGUCCAGAGCGAGGCCUUUUUUAUCCCCUUGUAUGAACUUUUUCUCACAUAUGGUGGAAUUUUCAGGUUGACCUUUGGACCCAAGUCAUUUUUAAUAGUUUCUGAUCCUUCCAUUACGAAACACAUACUGAGAGAAAAUUCAAAGGCAUAUUCAAAGGGUAUCCUGGCAGAAAUUCUAGAUUUUGUCAUGGGGAAGGGACUUAUCCCAGCUGAUGGUGAAAUAUGGCGUGUCCGGCGACGUGCAAUUGUUCCAGCAUUGCAUAUGAAGUAUGUAGCAGCUAUGAUUAAUCUCUUUGGACAAGCCACAGAGAGGCUUUGCCAGAAGCUAAAUGCUGCGGCAUUUGAUGGGGAAGAUGUUGAGAUGGAGUCACUUUUUUCGCGUUUGACAUUAGAUAUCAUUGGCAAGGCAGUUUUCAAUUAUGAUUUUGACUCCUUAACAAAUGAUACUGGGAUAAUUGAGGCUGUUUAUACUGUCUUGAGAGAAGCAGAAGAUCGUAGUGUAGCACCAAUUCCAUUCUGGGAGAUCCCAAUUUGGAAAGACAUUUCACCGAAACAGAAAAAGGUUUCAGCAGCUCUCAAAUUCGUUAACGACACACUUGAUGAUCUGAUUGCAAUAUGCAAGAGGAUGGUUGACGAAGAAGAGCUCCAGUUUCAUGAGGAAUAUAUGAAUGAACAGGAUCCUAGCAUUCUUCAUUUUCUCUUGGCGUCGGGAGAUGAUGUUUCUAGCAAGCAACUCCGCGAUGAUUUGAUGACAUUGCUUAUAGCUGGGCAUGAAACAUCAGCUGCAGUUUUAACAUGGACCUUUUAUCUUUUGUCCAAGGAGCCUAGGGUUGUGGCAAAGCUCCAAGAGGAGGUUGAUUCUAUACUAGGAGAUAGAUUUCCAACUAUUGAGGAUGUAAAGAAACUCAAGUAUGCAACUCGAGUAAUCAACGAAUCCUUAAGGCUUUACCCACAACCACCAGUAUUGAUACGACGAUCUCUUGAAAAUGAUGUGCUUGGAGGUUAUCCUAUAAAAAGGGGUGAGGACAUAUUUAUUUCUCUGUGGAAUCUGCAUCGUAGUCCUAAACAUUGGGAGAAUGCAGAUAAGUUUGAACCAGAAAGGUGGCCCUUGGAUGGACCCAAUCCAAAUGAAGUAAACCAAAAUUUCAGUUACUUGCCAUUUGGUGGAGGACCAAGGAAGUGCGUCGGUGACAUGUUUGCUACAUAUGAGACUGUAGUAGCACUUGCAAUGCUUGUUCGGAGAUUUAACUUCCAAAUGGCACUUGGAGCUCCAGAAGUCAACAUGACAACAGGGGCAACAAUUCACACAACCGAUGGAUUGAAGAUGACUGUAACAAGAAGAAUGAAACCUCCUAUAGUACCCGUAUUGGAUACACCAGCACUGGAAGUAGAUAAGUCUGAUGGUGUUUCCGAAAAGGACCCUUUAGUUGCUUAGAAAGGUGAAGUCUCUCCUACACAUUCCUGAGUCACCUUGGCCAAAAUAUUUGAAGAUAAUAGUAUAUAGAAUGUGGUAGUUUUUAUUGUAUUUUGAAAAUUGAUGUGCUUGUAGAUCGAGAUAGAUUACAAGUCAUAGCGAGGCAAAUGUAAUUCGCCCAAGGAAUAUAUAUUAAGAAAGAAAAAAAAAGAGAAAGAAAGUAAGGGGAAAAAAAGAGAGCAUAAAAAUAUGCUGAAAGGCAUAGGUCAAAAUGUUGUAGGUUAAAAUGUUGUAGUCUGUUGCUCAAUGCUCAUCAUAGCAGGGAUGUAAAAUCCAAAUCCAUUAGAAGGAAAAAAUUUCAUUCAAUUAGAACGAAAACUGCUUUAGCAAAACUUGAUUUUUCAUGUUCUCAGCUCUUCAUUUCUGUUUGUGGCCACAAUUUGAUAUUCCUUUCCAGGAAGAGAGACUUAAUUUUAAUAUAUAAAUUUGCUGA